AUGAAGCACCCCGCCCUCUCAUCCUGCCCUUUGAUAUUGGCCAAACCCAACAAGGAGCCAGCGGCCAAGGGCACCUGGGUGACAGACCUUGGGGAUCAGCCUCCUGAGCUCAGCGGGGUGGAGGGGGUCGGGCGGGAGCGGCGCAGGGACAGCCGCCUCCCGCACAAGCUGCAGGGCAGGGGACCUGCUCCCCAGGGCCCUUCUUCAGCUUCAGGAUGGCCUCAGUGCAGCUGGACGCUCUGUGGAGACGGCACAGGAGCGGUCCCGGGGCGGUGGUUCCCUUGCUUUGUGCUGGGCCCCUGGGUCCUGUUCAGGCUGGUUUCCGACCUUCCCGGUGGCCCAUGGCCCUCUUGCUUGUUGGGCUGCGGCUGCUCAGAGCGCUCCUGUGUCUCCCCAGGGAGUGUUCAGGUCCGGGAUGGGCCCACCUGCUUCUCCGACUACCUCAGCACCUCCACCUGUGAGUGGAGGAUGGGCGGCCCCACCGACUGCAGCGCCGAGCUCCGCCUCACCUACCAGCUGGGGGGGCCUAACACAGCCCAUGUCCGCAGAAACCACACGUGUGUCCCUGUGAAUGGAGAGAGCGCUGUGUGCCUGUGCGACAUGCUGAUGGACCUCAUAGUCAGUGGGGACACCUACCAGCUGGACCUGUGGGCUGGGAAGCAGUGGCUGUGGAGUGGCUCCUUCAGGCCCAGCGAGCAUGUGAAACCCAGGGCUCCCGGAAACCUCACGGUUAACGCCACCGACUCCCACACAUGGCAGCUGACCUGGAGCGACCCGUACCCACCUGAGAGUUUCCUGCACUCUGAACUCUUCUACCUGGUCAACAUUUCAAAUGAAGACGACCCCACGGAGUUCCUAGUCAGUAAUGUGACCUACAGGGAGCACACCCUCCACGUCCCAGCCAGCACCCUGAAGCCCGGGGCCCUCUACAGCGCGCGGGUGCGGGCCUGGGCCCCGAGCUACAACAGCAUGUGGAGCGAGUGGAGCCCCCGCGUCCAGUGGCUUCACGACUACGAGUGGCCCUGGGAGCAGCACCUCCCACUUGCCGUCGGCAUCUCCUGCAUCGUCAUCGUGGUCGUCUGCCUGUCCUGCUACUUCAGCAUCCUCAAGAUUAAGAAGGAAUGGUGGGACCACAUCCCCAGCCCGGCCCACAGCUCCCUCGUGGCUGUUGUCAUCCAGGAGCCUCAGGUGCCACUGCGGGGGAAGAGGUCCGGGGGCCAGGAACCAGCCAAGUGCCCAUACUGGAAGACGUGUCUGACGAAGCUCCUGCCCUGCUUACUGGAGCCUGGCGUGGAAAGGGGUGACGGUUCCUCCCAGGUGGCCAGGAGCGGGCCUGUCCAGGGCCCUAGGAAACCAGCGUGGCGCCCCGUGGAGGUCAGCAGCGCGGUCCUCUGGCCGGAGAGCAUCAGCGUGGUGAAGUGCGUGGAGCUGCUCGAGGCCCCGGUGCAGAGUGAGGAAGAGGAGCCGGUGGAGGAAGAUGGAGGGAGCUUCUGUCCCUCGCCUGAGAGCAGCGGGGGUGGCUUCCAGGAGGGCAGGGCAGGCAUCGCAGCCCGGCUGACGGAGAGCCUGCUCCUGGACCUCCUCGGGGGCGCGGAGGGGGGCUUUUGCCCGCCAGGCUCAGGGGAGCCCUGCCUUCUUCCUCCGUCAGCAAGUGUGAGUGCUCAGAUGCCUUGGGCUGAGUUACCAGGUGAGGCGCCUCAGGAGGCCUCACUUUGGGGCAGGGGGCAGCCUUCUGACCCAGAGCCGCCCCCAGCCACUCGGACGCAGAGCCCAGCCUGCCCGGCUGUCGCAGAGCUGCCCGCGGCCACCAUCACCGACAACCCCGCGUACCGCAGCUUCAGCAGCUUGCUGUGCCCGCCCUCGGGUCCAGGAGAGCUGGACUCAGACCCGCAGCUGGCCGAACACCAGGAGGACGGGGACCUCAAUGUCCUCUAUGCUCCCCAGGCCUCUGAGCCACCCGCUGCGCUCCAGCCUGAGCCAGAAACCUGGGAGCAGGGCCUCCGAUGGAGCGGCCUCCGAUGGAGCGUCCUCCAGCACAGGGCAGCCGCCCCUGCCUCGGCCCCCGGGGGCUACCGGCAGUUCGCGCAGGCAGUGAGGCAGGGCUGCACCCAGGGAGGCGAAGUGGGCGGCCCUUCUGGAGAAGCCGGGUACAAGGCCCUCUCCAGCCUGCUGGCCAGCGGUGCCAUGUGCCCAGCGCCACCUGGGGUGGAGGCCAGCAGUGGGGAGGGGUGCUAUAGGCCCUUCCAGGGCCUCACUCCUGGCAGCCCUGGGGUUCCUACCCCUGUCCCCCUGUUCACCUUUGGGCUGGACAUGGGGCCACCUCCCAGCCCUCAGAACUCGCUCCUCCCCAGCGGCUCCCCGGAGUGCCCGGGUCUGGAGCCAGUGGCACAGGGAAAGAACAGCCAGAAGCGCCCGCUCGCCCUGGAGCAGGCCACGGCCCCCCUCGGGGACGACCUGGGCAGCGGCAUCGUCUACUCGGCCCUCACCUGCCACCUGUGUGUCCAC